AUGGGCUCGCCUGCAAGCAGCGGCAACACGCCGUGCUGCCACCUCCUACUCCUCCUUUUCAUUUGCUCACAAAUAUUUGUAGCGAAUUCUCUUGAUGCCUCUGCUCCUGCUCCCGCUCCCGCCGCAACCACCCCGUCUCCCUUCUCAUUCAGCUUCGACUUCUCCAACGCAUCCACCUACCACAUAGAAGACCUGAAAUUCGAGGGAGAUGCGACCGUUCAUGGCGACCUGGUUGACCUCACCUGUAACACUUACAGGAAGAACCCCAAUUUCUGUACGGGACGGGUGUCGUACCGGCACCCUGUGCUGUUCUACGACAACGUCACCGGCGAGGUGGCCAGCUUCCAGGCGCGGUUCACCUUCGUGAUCCAUAUCGACGACGAUACUAAGAACAACAAGGGGGACGGCAUGACUUUCUUUCUUGCCUCUUACCCGUCAACUAUGCCGCCAAACUCGGGCGGGGGUAACCUCGGCAUGAUGCCCUUAGGCAACGGCAAGAACCCGACCGCCUUCGGGAAUGACCGGUUCAUCGCCGUGGAAUUCGACACCUACGACAACUCCUGGGACCCCAACACCACCUACGACCACAUUGGCAUCGACAUCAGCUCUGUCAUGGACUCGGUGAACACGACAAUACUGGAUAGCUUCAGCCUCAAUGGCACCAUGACGGCCACCGUCACCUUCGACAACACCACCCGGAUGCUGGUAGCAGACCUGCAGUUUGAUGACCAGAGUUACAAUCUCCCGGUUCGGGUCACCACGCAAUUACCCGAUCCAGUCACCUUGCUCCCGCCUCAGGUGGCCAUUGGAUUUUCUGGAGCCACAGGCGCCAGCUUGGAGCUGCAUCAGAUACUAUCAUGGUCCUUCAACUCCUCGCUUGCUCCGCCCCACAAAGAUCAUGACAUGAAGGCUGCAAUUAUUGGAGGGUCGCUUGGAGGAGCUGUAGCGUUGGUGGUUAUGGUGUGGUGUAUCAUUGCAUGUUUGAAGUGGACAAGGAGCACAAGCCAUGACCUUGUAGCACAAACUGGAGGACCCAGACGGUUCGACUACCGUGAUCUGGCUUCUGCAACAGACAACUUCUCUAAGCAAAGUGUUAUUGGGAGAGGUGCCUUUGGAGAAGUCUACAGGGGUACAUUCUCAAAGGGAUUGUCAUCAGGUGCUCCCUCAAGAGAAUCAGGUGGUUUUUCCACCAAGGAAUCGUGUGCAUCGUCCUCCAAGGAUUCAGGUACAUCGUUGAACUCAAAAGAAUCAUAUGGUGGCGAGGUGGCUGUAAAGAAGAUCUUGAACAAGAUAAGGGGAGGAAAUCAGGACUUCUUCACUGAGAUGAACACCAUUAGCGAAGCGAAGCAUAGGAAUCUUGUCAAACUUAAAGGUUGGUGUUGCAGGGAUAGUAGCCCGAACAUUCUUGAUUUCAUGUGCUGGUGUUGCAUGAAGAAAAAGGAUGAAGAGCUCUUCCUUGUCUAUGAGCUGGUGCCUAACGGCAAUCUGCACCACCACCUACACGAGACAGAGCAAUCAAUACAGUGGCCAAUAAGGUACCAAAUCAUCAAAGACAUUGGCUCUGCCCUUGUUUACCUCCACCACGACUGCGCCCCACCCAUUCUGCACAGAGACAUCAAACCAGGCAACAUCCUCUUAGACAACAACUUCAACGCCAAGCUUGCCGACUUCGGGCUGUCGAGGAUCGGCAACCAAGACAACGUGACGCUAAUGACGACUGCUGUUGGGACAGAAGGGUACAUAGAUCCAGAGUGCAGGAAAGCGGGGAAAGUCAAGUUCAACCUUAGCUCAGACGUCUACAGCUUCGGGAUCGUCCUCUUGGACAUCACGUGCACGGGAAAGUCCAGGGAGCAGGUCUGGGAUCUGUAUGUAAGAGGCAGGGUGAUGGAAGCUGCAGAUGACAGGCUACAUGGUUGUGGCGACUCGGACAUGAGGCAGAUGGAGCGUGUGGCUAUCCUAGGGCUCUGGUGUUCUCUUCCUGACAGUAGGAAGAGGCCUACCAGUAAGGAGGCAAUGGAGGUCCUCGAACGUGGUGUGUCGUUGCCUGACCUUAACCACCUGUUGAACACUACUUCGGUGCCCUCCUCAAUGCAACAAGAUACCUACACUACUAGUAGCUCGGGCCCACAAGCACCGACGUCAGAUGGAAGCCCAUUUGGUGAGCGGCAUGCAUGA